AAACCACAGUCGCGUAUAGUAAAAGAAUUUAGCUACGACGAACCGCUAGCCAAACAUCAGACUUGUUGUCGGGGCUCUCCGAGCCUGUAGAUGUCGCAGUUCUCAUCAGUUUUCAGAAAUCUGAUUGGCUGAGCCGCGGAAGCUGACCGCCGGCAGAAACUUUGGUUCAGCAGUGACUGUAUCAAUGUCCUCGUGCGGCAGUCGGUGUUGAAGUUUCGUCCUUUGACAGCACAUACUCAGAUCCUGUGCACCAUGACUGAUCCAGAAAAUGGCCUGUUUGACAUCCCAGAUUAUGAGCACAUAGAGGACGAGACUUUCCCUCCUUUUCCUCCUCCCUCAUCGCCUGGUCGGCAGGACCUUGGGGAGGAUGCUUUUGGCAAUGGAGAGGGUGAGGAUGAAGGAGAAGUGUCAAAACUAGCAGAAGUGCCAGUGGCAAAAAGACGAACGGUGAAGAGGCCUCGGCCGAAACUGGAUGCUAACAGGUUGAUUUCUGAAAAGGGUCUCCCAGCUCUGCGUACUUUAUAUGAUGAUGUAAAGUUCAAAGGCAAAGGACACGAAGCAGAGAAUCUGAAACUCCUCAUGCAGAAAAUAGAGAACUGGGCCCAUCGCCUAUAUCCUAAAAUGCAGUUUGACGAGUUCAUUGAUAAAGUAGAGAGUCUGGGAGGCAAAAAAGAAGUUCAGACAUGUCUAAAACGAAUUCGAUUGGACAUGCCAAUAACACACGAGGACUACGUUGGGGAGGCAGAGGUUCAAGUCCCAGAAGAGUCUGAUCCAGCUGGAGACGGAGUUUUCCCUGAAGAUCCGUUCGUCCAUUCUACUCCUGCUCCAGCCUCUCUCACCGAGGAACAGCAACGGCGCAUAGAGCUCAACAAACGGCUCGCUCUGGAGAGGAGACUUGCGAAGCAGAAAGAGUUAGAAUCUUCUCAGAAUUCCAUCCAGGGAGAUGCAGAUGAACCUUCCACCAGUUCUUCAGGACAGUACCCCGUUCAAGAGAAUCUGGAGAUUUCUAAUCAGAGCAUCUCAAACCAAACUCCACUCAAAGAAAAGCCAGCUGUACUUCAGAAUUCCCCUUUAAAUGAUAACGAGGAUGCCAGGCCUGUUUCAAAUGGCAUAGUUGAUGAUGACGAUGAUAGCAAUUGAACCAAAUCUCCAUGUUUGUACAAAGAGGACUACAAAUAAAUUGAGGAUGUUUUCGGGAGUAGCAGCUAAUUCGGUCGAGCGUUUUUACAUUUUAACCUUAUAAACUCAUACCAGUCAUAUGCCAGACAUUUUCUGCAUGUUUUGUAUUGUCAACCAGGGAUUGAUCAUCACUAAUGGUCUUUCAAACACAUUGAUUGAGUUCAGCUUGCUUUUUGUCAUAUUAUCUUUUAUCCUCUGUGAGGAUUUUGAAAUAGUUUGCCUGUAUUCAAAACUUUUUCCUUAAUCUCUUCCUCAGGUUCUUUGGGAAUCACAUUCCAUUUUUGCAAAUAAUCUUAAUUAGCACCAUUUCAUUUAUUGUUAUCUAAAGUUAAUUAAGGGGGGGGUCAGGUCAGUUUGUUGUCACAAAACUGUUAUUUUCAAUAAUGCUGGUCAAUCUUCAGUGUUUCAGUGUCAAUUGUUUUGAUUUUCUGAAUAAAUAUGUUGAUGUAGCACA